AUGAAAUUCUCUAAGGCUUUCGUCUCUGGCCUUGUUGCCACCACCGCUGUCUCUGCUUCUCCAAUCGACUCCACUGAGUUGGCUAAGAGAGAGAACGUUGACGUCCUCUUGGGCCGUGUCGAGACUCUUCUCGGUACUGUUGUCAAGGAUGUCUCCACAAUCUUGUCUCACGCAGGCGUCAAUCAGACUGCUGUCUUUGAGCCUAUCUUCUCUUCCUUGAAUUUGGAGAAGAGAGAGGAGAAUGUUGCUCGCUUUAACGCUGGUGAGAUCCCCACUGUGUUGGGUGACAUUGCUCAGCUUGUCACCGAUAUCUUGAAGGAUGUUGGCCUGAUCACCGCUGAUGGCUUGAAGGUGUUCUUCUAA